AUGGGCUCCAGGGGCCACAGCUCGCUGUCGCUGGUUCCAGUGCUGCUGCUGCUGCUGCUGCUGCUGGAGGUCAACAGCGUCAACAGCUUCCAACAGGAAGAGGAUGAUCUUACUGAUCGAACAAAGGAAGAGAGCCACCGGCCUCUACGGCGAUCCAAGAGAAGAUGGAUUAUUACCACCCUGGAGCUGGAGGAGGAAGAUCAAGGACCCUUUCCCAAACUUGUUGGGGAGCUGUUCAACGAUAUGUCAUACAACAUGUCAUUAAUGUAUUUAAUCAGUGGACCUGGUGUGGACACGUACCCGGAGAUUGGUUUGUUCUCUAUAGAAGGUCACAGGAACGUAAGAGUGUACGUUCACCGCCCUGUCGACCGGGAGACCACGCCAUCUUUCAAGGUUUACUUUGACAUCAUGGAUCGCUUUACGGGAAAGCUCUUGGAUAAUUCCUUGAUUUUCAACAUUAGGAUCCGUGAUGUGAAUGAUCAUGCACCCCAGUUUCCUGAGAAGGAAUUCAACAUCAGUGUGAAGGAGAACCACAUGGCAGGUCAACCUAUCUUCAAGAUGUUAACAGUUGAUUUGGAUGAAGAAAAUACUCCAAACUCUCAAGUCCUUUACUUCCUUAUUUCUCAAACGCCAUCACUGAAAGAAAGCGGCUUCCAGAUUGACCCGAUUAGCGGAGAAAUGCAGCUGUCAGGAUGCUUAGAUUAUGAGACUGCUCCGCGGUUUACUCUGCUUGUUGGAGCGAAGGAUUUGGGAGAACCUCCCUUGACGUCCACGGCCACAGUUCACGUGAACGUGCAAGAAGGCAACAACCACCGGCCCACGUUCACCCGGGAGAACUACAGGAUUCAGAUUUCCGAAGGCCGCACAAGCCCGAGUGUGUUACGUCUCCCGGUCCGAGAUGGGGACUUGCCAUUUACGUCAGCCUGGAGAGUAAGAUUUCACAUACUGAAUGGCAACGAAGAGGGACAUUUUGACAUUCUGACUGACCCCGAGACCAAUGAAGGGAUUUUAAAUGUGAUCAAGCCCUUGGAUUAUGAAACGCGCCCUGCACGAAGCCUCGUCAUCGCCAUGGAGAACGAGGAGCUGCUCUUCCCCUGCGAGGGGGGCCGGGUCCGGGGGCCAGGGGGGGUGGCGGCCAGCGCCACUGUGAGCGUGCAGGUGAUGGACACCAACGACCCGCCAGCCUUUCACCCCCGGAGCUUUGUCGUCAGCGAGGUCGACGGCGCCGGGCCUGGAAUUCAGCUGGGAGUUUUCAAUGCUACAGAUCCAGACAGAGCGGCCGGCCCGGUAAGAUACAAACUGGCUUACGACCCGGCCAGUUGGGUGACCGUUGAUGAGCUCUCAGGAACAGUUACCACCACGCAGCAAAUCGACCGAGAAUCCCCUUACGUAAAUCACAGCUUUUACACAAUCAUCGUGCAGGCUGUUGACGAUGGCCUCCCGCCACAGACCGGGACGGGGACCCUGAUGCUUUUCCUGUCUGACGUCAACGACAACGCCCCUGCUCUCCAUCCCCGUUCUCGAUACGUGGAGGUCUGUGAGUCUGCGCUGAGUGAGACCCUCCUUCUCCAGGCCGAGGAUGCCGACCUGGAGCCCUAUGCCGACCCCUUUACGUUUGAAUUGGACAAUUCGUGGGAAAGUGCAGGAGACACAUGGAAACUGGGGGAAAGUCGGGGUCGGUCCGUGGAACUUUUAAUGUUGACAAGCCUCCCGCCCGGUAAUUACUCAGUGCCACUGUUCAUCAGAGACAAACAGGGACUUUCCCAGAAGCAGACUGUCCACGUAAGGGUCUGUUCCUGUCCCAGCGGAGGCACGUGUGUGGAGCCCUCAGCCGUGGUCACAGGAACUGGACUCCUCAUGGGCGCCCUGGCCCCUGCCUGUGCCGCGCUUGUGAUGCUGGCAGCCACUCUGCUGUGCCUGCUGCGAUGCUGUUUUGUCUCCGAAGUCAGGCCCGGAAGCUUCGAGGAAGGCCAGCAGACUCUGAUCAUGUAUAAUGACGAGAGCAAACCCAUUUCAACGCAGGUAGUGGAAACUAGCGCGUCGUGUUUCCGGACGGUGAUGUCCGUCAUCCCCAGGCCUGUUUUUCCACCCGCUGAGCCCCCUGUCACGUCGUCACACUCCCUCAUAUUCGAGUAG